AGGUUGGUUGGUGCCAUGGUGGGAUGACAUCCAUUAGAACAUAGAUGGCGGCAUCCCGCCUCGAGACGGAGUUUGGGGGUUUGAAAGUUCCUUCCUGUUGAAGAGUUCACCUAGUUGCAGCAAACAGCAGAAACUCUGUCAGACAGACACACUUGCCCAACAUGAAGUUCUCCUUGUCCAUUGUUCUUGCUGCCUUUGCCCUGCAGUCCACCGCCCUCUUGGUGCCCAUGGACGCUCUUUCCUCCAACUUGGGCUCUGGUCUUGCACCCGGAGCGGCCGAGAUCCUUCCUCUCGAGGUUCGGGCAGGCAAGAGCACCUCCAGGGCCAACGGCAAGGGCAAGCAAAAGCACAAGCACGCCCACGGAGUGCGGCCCGACUUCCGCAAGCAGUGCAAGAGCUUGCCAUCGAACUGCCCGCCUUUCCUGAACAAGAAGGCUAUGUGCGAAUGCAGGGCCGCCGCAACAGUUGCUUCCUACUUGGAGUCCGAGAGAGGAUGUCCGAAGCCGUCUCAAAAGGCGUGCUGAUUUUGCGUGCGAUGUAACUCGGUUUUGACCAAGUGACGGAAUGUCGAUAUGAGAUAAUGCAGCGUCUGGGUUGAUGGGAUUACUUGGUUUGGUACCACAGGGGGGGGCUUCUUGAUUAAUUAUUAGGACACGGCAUCAUGUCAUUUGUUCUCCAAAAUCACACCGGGAUGCCGUAAAUUGGAAAGAAAGUUGGAGUUUGGUCUGGACACAGAUUGAGAGAUGCUUGAUACCGCAGCAAAAUAAAGAAAUGCAAAAAGCCAUCCUCACCAUGAAACAG